CCCGGGACACCCUCACCGUUUCCGGUCCCGGACAGAAGAAUCCCCUGCCCGGACUUGUCACCCUCCAUCCCCCCCGCCCUUUCCUCACCACCAUGCUACCUGGUGUGACGGCGUAUAACUCUGCCUUGGUUCUCCUCUGCGCGACUUUGUCUCGGAUCCCCUCGUGUGUCGCUGCUCCGUGGACCGAAUUCUUGUCGCGACGAUUCGACCUCAUCCUCGACUACUCGCCCGCUCCGCCGCCCGAGGACGGCCCUCCAGCCUCAGCAGGUGCCCUCCGCGACCCGGCCUUUCUCCCCGCUCAGAUCGGCGGCAUAGUCGGAGCCUACGCCUUAUCGCUGGUGCUGGUCGCCCUCCUUCUCCUUGCCCUGUCCAAGAGACGCCGCGAACACUUGCGGAACCGCGACCUUGCUCCGGAAGAAGGGGGCGUGUUCUUCUCAGGCUUCAACCCUUUUCCCGAGCCAUUCCUGCUCCAGUCCGAGGAGGAAUACAAGAGACAGCUCGAGGCGUUCCAGCAGCUCACCGAACUCGAGCAGCAGCAGCAGUUCCACCUCUACCAGGCCCAACCGGAGCAACCUUUCCAGCAGCUCUCUCUUGAGAUCCCCACCAGCCCGAUCAGGAACUUCUCGCUCCCAUCAACUUCGCCUCUGAGCCCGACCAGGACUGGCCCGCUCAGCCCGACGAAGUCGCAGCGCUCGCUCUUCACUUCCCCGUCGCCGACCUCGACCAUUCGUGCGCCCGGCCUCGAGCUCGUAGUUGACCAGACGGUCUUGCACCGGGACAGAACCAUGGCGCAACAACAGCUGGAGGAGAUGUACAAGUAUGUCAUGGAGCACGAGCAGGCCAAGGCGGAAGGGAGAGAGUACGAGGGACCGCCGAUCGCGUCCCCGUCAUCCGGUGCGAGCCCGACCAAGGGCCCCAAGAAGGAAAGGAACAAGCCGUCGAACCUGAACCUUUCGCGGGACGACAAGGCCCAGUCGCGCGGCUCCUCCUUCCUCUCCUUCCUCAAGUCUCCACGCAAGAGCAAGAUGAACGCCAACGUGACCAUCUCGUCUCCCAUCUUGACCCCAAUGUCGGGGACUUUCCCACGGCACGACGACCAGGAGAUGAACGCCAUGGCGCCCCGACACUAUGCUCCUGCGGCGCCGCCUCCGGUGCCCUCCUCAUCCGACCUGUCCUUCCGCCGCGCGACGGCCUCGACGGCGGGCGGCAGCCACCACCUUCCAACCCCUGACAUCUCCCCCGUGAGCUCGCAGAGCAUCGACUCGCGCAUCGACGCCGCCAUAGGCAAGCCCCCAUCCAGGGCCGCCUGGCGCGAACGGCACGAGCGAGAAGGGCGAAGUAGCAAUCGCCUCCCCUCUCAUUCGCAUAACGACUCGAGCGCGACCAGCACGGCCGGCGACCACGAGCCGGUCUCGGCCAGCUCGGAGCGGUCCACCACCCGCCUCGUAGGCCUGCCGGCGUCCCCGCGCCCCAAUGCCACCCGCUUCCCCAGCGACCUUUCCCUCCCGGCCUCCCCCCGCCCGCACCAGCAAUCUUUCCAGCAGCAGCAGCAGCAGCAGCAGCAGUCCGGCCCCAAUAACAACAGCAACAGCAACGACAGCAACGACAGCAGCAACAACAACAACAAAAACAACGCCUCCUCCUCUACCUCGUCGUUCCCGCGGCCCUCGGCCGUCCGCGAGGGCGGCACGCUCCCGCUGCGCACCUACGAGCAGCAGCAGCAGCAGCAGCAACAGGGGUCCUCGGUGACGAGCCCGACGGCGGCGAGCUUCGCGACGACGACGAGGCAGACCGUCUUCACGCGGGCGGAAGGCCCGCUCUCGCCCGGGACGGCCCUGCCGACGGGCAUGCGGACGCCCUGGACGGGGGCGCCGGUGCCGUACUCGCCGUACCAGCCCUUCUCGCCCGUCGUGCCCAUCACGCCCAGCGUGGUGACGCGGGCGGACCGGAAGCGGAUGAAGAAGCUGGAGCCGAGGACGCCGACCGUCGAGAUGGUUCGUAGCGAUGAGGAGCUAUGGUGAUUCCAUUUUUUUUGGUUUUUUUUUCUUUUGGUCUUGGCUUUUGUCCUUGUUUCCGGGUUCCUUUUGCUUCUCUCCUCCGUAUCCUUCUCUUUUUCUUUUCUUUUCCUUUUUUUCCCCUCUUUUCGUCGGUUUCUCUUUUUAUCUAUGUUGUAGUGGUUCUGGUCUCGGCUUUAUUUUGCGAUCUCUUCCUUGUCGGGGUAA